GGAAACUGCUGUACGUUUACUCAAGUUUAACCCACCAACGCAAACGAGGAAGCACCUCGGUGUACAAACAAACCACUUUAUUUAGCUAGUUAACGGACAUUUCUUCAUUUUGACCCGGUUGCAGUGUUUUAAACCGAGGAGGUCAAAAUGUCCUCGAUGGACUUUGAGAAGCUGAAGAUGACAGGAGCAGGUCGAGCCAUGGCAGUGUUGACCAGCGGUGGAGAUGCACAAGGGAUGAAUGCUGCUGUCAGAGCUGUGACCAGAAUGGGCAUCUAUGUGGGGGCUCAGGUCUAUCUUAUUCAUGAGGGAUACCAGGGUCUGGUGGAUGGAGGAGACAACAUCAAACUGGCUCACUGGCACAGUGUGACUAAUAUCAUCCAACAGGGUGGGACUGUGAUCGGUAGCGCCCGAUGCAAGGCAUUCACAACUCGUGAGGGCAGGCUUGCUGCUGCCUUCAACCUGGUGAAGAGAGGCAUCACCAACCUUUGUGUGUGCGGAGGAGACGGCAGCCUCACCGGAGCCAACAUCUUUCGCAGUGAGUGGAGCAGUCUGUUGGACGAGCUCGUGAAGAAAGGAAGGAUCACAGACACUCUGGCCAAGCAGCACGACCACCUGAACAUUGUGGGGCUCGUGGGCUCCAUCGACAAUGACUUCUGCGGCACUGACAUGACCAUUGGAGCUGACUCAGCGCUACAUCGCAUCAUGGAGAUAAUUGAUGCCAUCAUGACCACUGCACAAAGUCACCAGCGCACAUUUGUUUUGGAAGUCAUGGGGCGACACUGUGGAUAUCUGGCCUUGGUAUCAGCACUGGCAUCCGGAGCAGACUGGCUCUUUAUUCCAGAGGCUCCUCCUCAGGAGGGUUGGGAAGACCGGAUGUGUGACCGUUUAGAGCAUAGCCGCAUAUCAGGGUCAAGACUCAACAUUAUUAUCAUGGCAGAAGGAGCCAUUGACAGAAAUGGCAAGACCAUCUCCUCAACUUAUGUAAAAGAUCUGGUGGUAGAGAGGCUGGGUUAUGAUACCAGAGUGACAGUCCUCGGACACGUUCAGCGAGGAGGAGUCCCCUCAGCAUUCGACAGAAUACUGAGCACUAAGUUGGGUGUGGAGGCGGUGAUUGCGCUGAUGGAGGCCUCUCCUGACACCCCAGCCUGUGUCAUCGGCCUGUCAGGUAACCAUGCCGUUCGUCUUCCUCUAAUGGAGUGUGUAGAGAUGACCAAGUUGGUGCAGACAGCCAUGAAUGAGAAUAGGUUUGAUGAAGCUGUCAAACUGCGUGGAGGGAGUUUUGAGAACAACUGGAACAUCUACAAGCUCCUUGCCUUCCAGAAGCCUGCUCAGUCUCAGAGUAAUUUCUCCUUGGCUGUUCUGAACGUGGGAGCUCCAGCUGCAGGGAUGAAUGCAGCGGCGAGGUCUGCUGUGAGGAUUGCGCUCGCUCAUGGACACAAGGUGUAUGCUGUCCAUGAUGGCUUUCAGGGACUUGCCUUUGGGAACGUUUCUGAGAUGGAAUGGAAGAGUGUGGCGGGAUGGACAGGCCAAGGGGGCUCACUGCUGGGUACAAAACGAACUCUUCCAAACAAACACAUGGAGAAGAUCGUGGAAACCAUUACCAAGUUCAACAUCUCAGCUCUGCUUGUAAUCGGAGGGUUUGAGGCGUAUGCAGGUGUGCUGCAGCUGUUUGAAGCUCGGAGUCGCUAUGAUGAGCUCUGCAUCCCCAUGUGUGUAAUCCCUGCUACCAUCAGCAACAACGUCCCUGGAACUGACUUCAGCCUGGGAGCAGACACGGCUGUCAAUGCUGCCAUGGAGGGUUGCGACAAGAUCAAGCAGUCUGCCACUGGAACCAAGAGACGGGUGUUUGUGGUGGAGACUAUGGGUGGGUUCUGUGGAUAUCUGGCAACCUGCACUGGUAUAGCUGUGGGUGCUGACGCAGCCUACAUCUUCGAAGACCCCUUCAACAUCCAUGACCUGAAGACCAAUGUGGAGCAUUUGACUGAAAAGAUGAAGAAGGACAUCCAGCGGGGUCUAGUCCUGAGGAAUGAAAAAUGCCAUGAGAACUACACUACAGAUUUCAUCCAUAGGCUGUAUUCAUCAGAGGGGAAGGGCAUCUUUGACUGCAGAGUCAAUGUGUUGGGACACCUUCAGCAGGGAGGAUCGCCUUCUCCCUUUGAUAGAAAUUUUGGCACCAAGUUGGGUGUGAGGGCCAUCCAGUGGCUUUCAGAGAGGUUGACUGAAAACUUCCGACAAGGUCGCGUGUUCGCCAACUCACCAGAUACAGCAUGCGUGCUUGGCCUCAACAGGAAGGUCAUCAAGUUCAGCCCCGUCACUGAACUGAAGGCUGUGACUGAUUUUGAGCACCGGAUGCCCAAAGUCCAGUGGUGGUUAAAUCUUCGCUCGAUGCUAAAAAUGUUGGCCAAGUACCAAACCAGCUUCUGUGAGUACGUCCCAGGAGAGAUUGAACAUGUGACUCGACGCUCCAUCAGCAUCGACUCUGGGUUCUGAGUAUACUCUCUGCACUUUUUAACCCUUAUCUGUCCAUCCUUUGCACACCGCAUACUUAAAAAAAGGUAUUCCAUCUGCUCUUAUGCAUGUCAACAGGAUUGACUUCUAAAAGCCAGCAUUGAUAUCAGUCUUGUUAGUCAUAGUAGCUAUGUUAAAUAAUGUAAAAAUGUAAGUCAGAUAUUCUUUUAUUGCCUUCAAUAGAGAUUUUGGUAGUCAAUCAGGUGUGCCAUGUGGCUAAUAUUGCAUUGUAUUACUUUAUAACUGAAUAUAUUAUAUAAAGUGGAUUGUGUGGUUUGGUAUGAAAUAACAUUAUCAGGAACCUCGCGCAAAAUAAGAAUGUAUAUCCAUGUUAUAAAGCUAAAAAAUGAGAGCUACAAUUUUUUGGAGCUCCUCUAUAAUAUGUGGAAAAGGGGUCCAGUUGUUGGUUUGAGACCAUGUAUGUUUUACUCACUUAAUGUCAGAGCGUGACUCAUGGGACCAGUGAGAUGUUAAUUUGCUUUUAUUUAAUCGCUGUGAAAGACUGAAACACUGUUUCUGUCAUUAAUUAAUGCAAACUAAACCACAAUUCACAAAAUAACAAUACAUAGUUUAUCACAGUGUAAUAAACUUCACAACUGCUGUACUUAAAAUAGAGCAAUCUGUAAAGAAA